AAAUUGAAGUGGCUGUGUAUGGAUGCCGAAAAAAUUGUUUUUAUUUGUGUUGUUCAAUUUUCAUGAAAAAUUUAGUUCUUUUUUUGUUAAAAAGUGUAUUAUUGAUUAUUUUCUAAAGAAUUUAUUCAAAUGAAGUGUAUUCAAUGAAAAACGGGAGAAGUCUCUGAUUUUCAGGUAUAUUGAGACUGUAGCAAAAUGGAGAACCAAUUCAAUUCGCCUACUUCUUCAUUAGCGUCUUUGAAAGACAAGUGGUCAGCAGAAUAUGUAGACAACUCUCCAGAAUGUAAUCCGGUGUCUUAUGAUUUUCUACCACAGAGAGGAAGCCCGAAAGGUGAUGAAACGCCUGUAGCAAAGAAAAAGCGAACGUCUUUGAAAACCCGUUUUGGAACGUCGCCGAUCACUGGAAAUGUACAGAACAGACUUCUGCCACCACCUCCAUCAGAGAAGUUAGAGGAUCUCAAAAAGUUCACUAAUCGAUAUAAGGAAAUACUUACUGGAAAUGGUGAAGAUGAAGAUGACCAAUCAGACAGUGAAGACAUGGUCCUAUUGUCGAACAUGAUGAAAACGGCAGACCGUCUAGAAAAUAUAUUUAGUCAAUCUCACAGUAUCGAAGCGCAAGGUAAUUUAAAUAACAAUUUGCCAGUGAAUAAUUUAGCUUCAGCUUCGAAUGAACGGGAGAUCAGCAGUCUAGUCAAGUUGAAUGAAAGCCAGAACUCUUUGAAGAAGACUGGAACUCCGGUGGGAAGAGUGAGCUCUGGUGAGAGUCAGAACUCGUGUAAGAAGAUGCAGGCCCCGGCAGGGAGAGGUAGCUCCAGUGAGAGCCAAACUUCUUGGAAGAAGACUCCAACCCCGGGAGGACGAGGAAGUUCCUGUAGUGAGAGGAAAAGUUUAAAUUCAUCGAUUAAUAACAAUAACCGAUUACCUGCUUCAAAGAAUAAGGAUAAUAACAAACUAGUCAGGACUGGAGCUGAUCGAAAUUCACAUCGGGAGGCUUCUAACCCGAAACCGGAUGAAAAACUUGAUGACGUCAUUAGUCCUGAAAAUAAUAAUAGUUAUUUUCUUUGGUUAGAUGAUCUUUUACCAAAUGAAAUAUCACUUUUAAAUGAUGGCAACGACGAUGGUUUUACGAGUAUAGAUGAUACUACACUUUCAUAUCUAUGUUCUGCAUCUCAAGCUACGUUUACUAGUUCUCAAGUUUGUAGUACACAAGACAAUAAAUGUAAAAUAGACUAUAAUAAGAUGCCAGCUCCAAGUAGCAUUCCAGCAAGGUGCACAUCGAAAGUAUCAGCGACAAAUAGUAAUAGUUCAGUGAAUUUAUCAGUGCCUAACAAAUGUCUAACAAAAGUACCUGUUCCUAAUAAGUGUACAGCACAGGAGAUCGAGAGGAAAAGACGAGAAGCCAUGAAGAGGCUUUUGGAAAGGAAGAAAAUUAAUUCUCAGAUACAAUCUCAAAAAGUGUCAUAGUGAUAAAAAAGAGACAGUCUCAAAAAGUGUCUCUCCUCUUCUCUAAGACUUUGUUUCUUUAUUAUUUUUAAUAGCUGUAAAGCUCAUUGUUAUCAUUCGUUCUCGGUUUAAUAAUAUUGUUAUUUAUGUUCUAAAUGAGAAAUACGUUCAUAAUUUAAACCUU